AACUCGCCACGCACCAACCCCGCGCGCCGCGCCCUCUGCGGCUCCGCCCUCUCGCUGUCUGUCGCUGCAGCGGCGCUACAAGAAACGGCAGGAACCGCGCGCCGCAGCCGCAGCGAGCCCCAUGUGUUCGUGCUGAGGCUCGACAAUACUCUCCUCGCCCAGCCAGCCAGCCGGCUCCCCUCCCCCAUCACCUCGUGCUCUCCACUGCCGCAUGCGCUGCGCCCCUUGUCCUGGCCCCCCUCCUCCCACCACCUCGUUCUUUCCUCCCAUCCCGCCCUGUCUCGGCGCGAGACAGCGCCGGUCAGCUGACAGGGACAGCUAGAGCGCGCGGGCGGAGCCACCUGCGUUCCCUGAACACUUGUUGAUUUCUUGAUGAGUUGGCGUCGGCGGCGGCAAGGCGGAGGAGGGGAUUCGGCUUCCCCGGCACCGGCGGCCGCCUGAAGAUCCCUUACUUUUCUUCUCUGGUGGGCUCUCGCGAGGAAUUUAGCGGUAAUGCCUGCUUAAUUUCGGGUUAAAUGCGUUGAUCCGGGCUCGAUUUUCGUGAUACAAGCGCCAUGGGGCUCUUAGGUAUGAUGGGCGAUUCGUUCGGGUGCUCGGCUACCGGGGAGCGACUCGUUUCCGCCGCAAGGGAUGGAGACAUUCAAGAGGCUAGAGCCCUCUUGGAGCUCAACCCUCGCCUUGCCCGGUACUCGACAUUCGGGAUCCGGAACUCGCCACUCCAUUACUCGGCUGCGAAGGGCCACCAUGAGAUUGUCUCCCUCCUAAUCGAAUCCGGGGUCAAUAUCAACCUUAGAAAUUGCAGAGGACAGACUGCUUUGAUGCAAGCUUGUCUAUAUGGUCACUGGAAAGUUGUACAGAUUCUAGUUCUUUUCAAAGCUAAUAUUCAUAGGAGAGAUUGUUUUAGUGGCGCGACAGCUAUUCAUUUUGCCGCCCUGAAAGGUCAUACUCGGUGCAUUCGGCUUCUUGUGGCUGAUUACGUGCCUAGCUUGUCAGACUUUUGGAACGUUAUGCGUGGAAAGUCCAGAGAUGAAACAAAAAAGGAUGCCUUCGAUGCGGUAUCUCUCCGGAGGCUAAUUAAUGGAAAGUCAGAUGGCGGCGUCACCCCGCUUCACUUGGCAGCCCUUCAUGGCCAUGCUGAGAGUGUGCAGUUGCUAUUAGAUCUUGGAGCUUCCGUCUCUGAGGUCACAGUCAAUGAUGGUUCAACUAUUGACCUCAUUGGUUCAGGUAGCACUCCUCUCCAUUACGCGGCAUGUGGUGGAAGUGCUGUCUGCUGCCAACUUCUCAUUGCAGCAGGAGCGAACAUCGGAGCUGAAAAUGCUAAUGGGUUGACUCCUCGAGAUGUGGCUCGUUCGUGGCACAAAAAUAGUGUUGAAGGCAUCCUAAGCAAACAGCCAGAGGGCCGAAUACGCAUUCUUCCUUCACCAUAUCUGUGUCUACCACUAAUGAGCAUUGUCAAAAUCGCUCGUGAGUGCGGAUGGAGAAAGACUUCUGCCUCGUCCACAUGUCAGGAUCCAUGCGUCAUAUGCUUGGAGGUGGAAUGCACGGUAGCUGCAGAAGGCUGCGGCCAUGAGUUCUGCACCAAAUGCGCACUGUAUUUGUGCUCGACCACAAGCAGCUCAACAUCCAUCCGUGGCGUUCCCGGCUCCAUAUCAUGCCCUUUGUGCCGUCAUGCCAUUGUCUCUUUCAUGAAGCUCACGAGUACCACCCCAAUAAAGGAGCUUCCAUGGACAAGCACAUCGCUAGCUCUAUGUGCAGCAGGCGCAAGCACUGGUUCCAAUCAUGCCAGCUCCUUGCAUCGUCGGCCAGACAGGCAUCGAUUGCGCUCCUCCUCGGUUCAGUUGGGAUGCUCCUCUUUUAGAUCCAUUGGCUCUGGGAAACUGUCGUCAUUGAAGUUGAACUGCACAGGAGCUGAAGAGGCGGUGCCUUGCCUCAUCAGUUGUCUCAGGCCAGAUGUGCAGCGGUCGUCAUCGUACAGGGAAAGAAUUAGGAGAUAUUCAGAGUUUUGAUAGCAGCCCUCCGUUGGUUCUCUGCCUCCCUUCCUGCGAGUUUUCGGGGUUUGGCAGUUCAAACUUGUUUAGUGUCUGUCCAUGUUUCUCUUUGCUUCUGUGUUUCUUGUCAUGUAAUAUGCAUGCAGUCCUCGUGGAGAAGAACUGUUUGUGUACAUGACUCGUUCGUCUACUUAUAUGUGAAGUAUAUACCAUCUGCGUUUUACAAAA